UGAAGGCGAAUACUUGUCUAAGCAGUUAAAAGUGAAGUGUGUAAAAUGGAUUUAAUGAUCACAUUAGUCAUGUCGGGAUUAUUGCUGGGAGCCAUCAAGGCUCAGGACAUGAGUCUAGAUCAGUUGAAUGUGCAAUUACAAUAUCAGAGGGACCUGGAAGAAAAACUAGUUUUGCUUCAAUUAAAACAGUCUGAGGAUCUGCAUAAAGAUAAUCUGAUAAAAUCGUUAAAUGAAGCGAACGAGUUGCUACUAAAAAAAAGCUGCAUAAACGAAAAGUGCAAUGAAUCUGAACUGAACCUUCAGCAUCAAAUAGCCCAACUGCAAAGCACUGCAGAAAUCCUUAAAAUAAUGGUGGAAAAUAAAAAUCAACUUAUUGAAAACCAGCUACAGCUGUGUCGGUCUCAGCUGGUGAAGCCAUCUGUAAAUCUUAUUGGAGAAACCACCCCAAGAAUUGAGAUACCGAAACCCACCAGCUGUAUUCCCUUUGGCUAUUAUACAGGUAUUAAAACACUUUUCCUUCCCGGUAUAAAACCUUUUCGCGUACUCUGCGAUGGUCAAACAGCAGGACCUGGCUGGAUUGUUAUUCAACGAAGAUACGAUGGUUCAGAGGAUUUUUAUAGAAAUUGGGCUGAUUACCGUAACGGUUUCGGCAAUCUGGAGAAAGAGUUUUUUCUAGGUCUAGAAAAUAUAUAUCACUUGACCAAUUAUCAGCGCUACGAGUUCUAUGCUUUCAUAGAGGCAUUUAAUGGUGUUAUCAACUGGGCUCGGUAUGAUAAUUUUUAUAUUGGUAGCGAAGUCGAAAAAUACAAACUGAAAGGUUUGGGUAGUAUGAACGGCUCUACAAACAAUUUUAAUACUCAUUUGUACUAUGAAUUUUCAACUUACGACCGGGAAAACCAUUAUGAUAACAGGUCGUAUCUGAAUCAUGGAGGCUUUUGGUAUCAUGGUAAAACUGAUGGAGUCAAUCCUAAUGGGCGAUAUUAUAAAAAUUAUGUUCAAAGAACCGACGGCUUGCAUUGGCAUGAUUAUAAUUCAAAUAAAGUAAUAAAACUGCUUCUUCGCCCUUAUAUGGGGUAAGAAUACAAUACAGUAAAAAAUAUUUCAUAUGAAAGACUAUCAACAGACGAUUCCUUGAGAUAUGUCCGCACUUUCUAUUCAUAAAAGGACAGUACUCUGAAUAUGUAAGUCAGUCAGGAAGAAUAGUCAUAUGCUAAAACUACUAUUGCUCCUUUUUUUGGUGAAUAAAAAACAAAUAAAAAAAGAACACAAA